AUGAGUUGUCAGACUCAGGGUACCAACGCCACUUUACCAGAUACUGGUAUUGGCCCUGACGACGACGUCGUUUCAGUAGUCUCUCGACAUGAAAUUGACGACACCCAUGCUCAUCGAGCAAAGUCGGUGGCGGCCGGUGUACCGGUGGAGGCCCACGAGAAAUUGGUUCUCGAAGUGAAGGGUCUUCAAGAGGCCUUGGGUAAGUCCCAGUGCAUGCUGGAUGCGAUGCCAAGACGCCGAUAG